UUCUCCAGCGCGUCAGCGUCACGUCGCCAUUUUGCGGUUUGUGAUUUCGCCAAAGCGGUGUAAACUCACGACUCCUCAAAAUAUCUUAAAUCGGCCGUUCGAAGCGCUAAUCGUUUGUGAAAUCGUUCAGUGCGCCUUCGUCGAUCGCCACAGUUGAAAUAAUCAUGGCUAAUAGAAGACUUGGUGGUGGAAUGGGCGGACCUCAAAGAGGCAAUCGCUCGUUUUCUUCGCAUCAACCGUUUCAAGGGAACAAUGUUAGCCCUUGGCAAGGGAACAUGCCUUCUAAUAAUUCGUUGAACCAAUCGGGGGGCUUGCUCGGCCAGUUGGCGGCAAACCCUCAGCAACUUGCUCUAGCUUUAACCAACUUACUGCAACCUCAACAGCAGCAAAUGAACAAUCCGCCAUCAUUACUUUCUUUGAAUACGUCUCCUGCUUUUUCUCAUCAAGAUAGCCGUGAUUCCUUUAAUCGGUUUGGUAACAGGGGCCGGUCUGAUUUCAGACGAAACGAGCCUUACAAUAAGAACCGCAAUGGUGGCUGGCGGCAAUUGGACUCGAAUAAAAACCUCGGCCCGAAUCGCCCUCGCCCCAAUUUCCAGCAACGCGAUAACCGCAAACGCUCGCCAAUCAAACCCAAGUUCAUCAAAGACGUCAAAGAUGACAAGCGCAAAAUCGAGAAAAAAGACGAAAAAACUAAAGACGACAAGAUAGACACCAUCGACCUGUCGACGGAGGACAUCAGAGACGACGACGGGGAGGAGACGAAGAGAGGGUGGAAAGAGGAGAAGAAGGGCGACGAGAAGAAGGACGAUGACGGGCAAGACGAUGGCGAAGACGACAAGAAGGAGGAAGCGAGGGAUUUGGACGGGAAGUACUACGGCGUCCCGCAGAAGUUCUUGCACUGUUUCGUGUGCAGCAAGGACAUGUGGGACGGGGAGUCGUUCGAGAAGCACAUCAGAGGUCGCGCCCACAAGCAGAUGCUUACGAGCCUCGAGGAAAGUUUCCACAUCACUGUGAACAUACUGAGGGAGAACAUGCGCUUGGCCGAAGAGAAGAAAGUUAUCGAACUGAACCGUAUGCGACGUCUCAGUAAGAACAAAUUUAAUCGUAAAUUCCAAGAGCCGGAGAGUCACUGCAACAUGUGCGAUUUGAAAUUCUUGGGGAAAAUAAUCACGCAUCGCAAAACUGAAGGUCAUCAGCGUUUGAAGCGUUUCUUGCACCCCAACUGCGACAUUUGUGGGAAGGAGUUCCCAUCACGUAUGGACUGGGUUGACCAUCGGUUGACACCGGAACAUUUAAGACAGCUUAACGAGACCUUGGAAGGAAAAGUAGGGGAAGAAGAUGGCGAAAUUAUCGAGGAGGAUCUGGAGAUGGAUCUCGAGCCCGUCUUAGAAGAAACAAUGGAAUUGGAGGAUGAACAUCCCAUUCUCGAAUUAACCGAUGAAUUAAACAACUUGCAGAAUCGUAUUCCCGCUUUCAGAAAAAAUCGUCCCAUUGGCAGUCAAAGCUUGAAACCUUUCAACGGUUUCAUGUGUGACAUUUGCAAUAGGAGUUUCGAGAACGACGAGUUUGCUCAGGCACAUUUAAGAACCGAAGGCCACUAUUACACCUUCGUCGAAGCCGUUAAACAAAAGUUCAAGAAACAACAAGAAGAAUCCGCCAAGGAGGCCGAGUACAAGAAGCGCAAGCGUGACGAAGAAGAAACCGUCGAGAAAGAGGAAACGAACGAAGAGACUCAAAACGGCAACGACGGUACGAACAUGUACGAUCCUGAAGAAGCGUGUAACGAGGAGGAAGAGGCGGCUAAAGAGCCCGAGGAAGAGGAAGAGGAGGAAGAGCAGCCUGCCGAGAAAGAGCCGGAACAACCGGCUCCGGCCGCCACUCCCGCUCCCGCUGCUGAGCCCAAGAAAGAAGAGCCCGUGCAACAAACUCCACCCCAACAGCAGCCUGCAGCACAACCGCAGCAGCAGCAGCCACAAACGCAACAAAACACGAACGCGUCGCCGCGUACGCGUCGUUCUGCUGUUGGUGGCGCCGUAAAAAACGGGGCAGGACCUAAAAGCAAGAAGGCACGUAAGCAGUAGACGUAACGGUUCUGCUAAGACACAAAAAGUCGGAUGGUUUUAUGUGGCGAGGUCGAAAUGUUGGCACUUGGUUGAGUUGCAAACAUUUUUUACUGACGAGUGUCGCUUAAUUUAAUUGUAGCCAACUAAAAGUGAAGUAAAGUGACACUUUUGCAAAAUUAUUACAUUAAAACACUAAAAGUUGGCAAUGUUUUGAUUUCGUCAGAUAAAAUCGGGAUCAUUUAAUUUUUUCCAACCGCUGGAAAGAGCGGUAUGUGGUUGUCUUGUAAGGUUAUUUGAUUUUUUUUAUAUAUUUUGACAUAGCAAUAGUGUAGGUUAUAUUAUAUAUGAUGUGUAUGUAUUAAGUGAAUUAGUGUAAUAAUAAAUUCAUUUAGCUCGUA